AUGACGCGGCGGUGGCGAGAGAAGAACAUACACAGAUGGAGGAGGAGGGGGGGGGGGGCGUUCCCAGGUUUUUUGCUAGGUAGUUGGUACCUACCUAGACUUUUAGAUUUUUUUUUUAGGUGGGGGUCUGCUGUUCAUACACGUCGUGUCCCGUGCCAGCGAGUUUUUUUUUUUACCACGCAACGCGGUGCAGCGUGCCACGAGUUGCCUGCCGUGCAGGGGGGAUCAUGUCCCUGUCCAACCCCCUAUCCCCAUGGGUUGUUGAAGGACCUUGGCAAACUCUCGGAGUUGAAACAACGAGGACUGAUUCUUGACCGUCACUUCGAGACGAUAAAGGCACAUGUGAAGGCGGGCAACUCCGUUGCGAAGGAGCGAUGGGACGCAAUCGAGAACGCAUGGGGGCUGAAGCAGACGGGUGUAUUCAACGAAGAAGAGUGGAUCACGCAGAUUGAUGGAGAGGCCCAGGGUAUUUCCACCAGCACCCGUCCGUCGUUUUUAACGCCACAAGAUGCGGGCGGCGCGCGAGGUGCACCGUCUUCGCACCCACCGCCUGCUACUGCUGCGGCUGCCGGGAAGAGAAAGGUCGCAGAUCGGGGGAAGCAAGCCAGGAAUCGAGCUGCCCAAGGUGUUCUAGGUGGGAACAUCAUCAACGCGUUCGCUCGUGGCAGCGGAAAACCGAUUGAGCGGACUCGCGGUGGUGUCACAGAGCAUGUGUCGGGCAUCAACUUCCCACCUCCGGCCCCAGAGCGGCGCCUACCGUGCACUCACUGUCCCAUGACCUUCGUGAACGAGCAAGGACUUGGGAUCCACGUGAAAACACAGCACAGCAAUGCAAACAUGUCCAACGGCUUGCGGCUGCAGCGGAUGCUGGGGAAGACUCCCAAAGGGCAUGUUCAGCCGUGGGAAGAAGCCGGGCCUGGACGUUGUUGGCACGUGAAGGUCGAUGGUGGCGAUGAUCGAGUCACCUUGGAGGGUUUGGACCAGCCGUACACCUUCGCAAACGAUGAAGACUCCAGCGAGAACGAAGGAGGUUCGGAGGACGGCAGCGAUGGGCCCGAGGGGAAGGAGGAGGAGGGCGCCGGAAGGCGCGAGCCGGUCGUCGGGGAUGAGCGCAACGGUGCCAACAGCGGGGAGGGCAUGGAGGGCGCUGGAUACAGCGAUGAAGACGACGACAACAUGUCUCAAUCCCAGACCGACGAGCUAGCUCUUUUGGACGAGGACGACAGCAUGGACCCAGACGACCCGGAGGACGAGACGCAGGGAAUGGAGAUCCCGGCGGGCUUUCGCCUUCAAGAAUUUACCCCCGCUGCUCUUGACAGAUUGCUUUUGCAACGUGGAGUGCUUGUUCGGCUGGGCAUGGGGUGGUUCGGUGGGUUGAUCAUUCAGCAAUCUCCGCAGCGCCACCUGUACGACUACUGUGUGCAGCUGGAAGUAGACCACAGUACGCGCAAGAUGAAGCUGCCCUUAGACAAGUACAGCGGAGAUCCGGACGCGGCGGUAGGCUCAUGGGUUUUGCUUGAGAGCGUCAGUAGGGCGGGAAGGGUACGCACCCCCAACGUCACUCUUGUGGACCAAGACGGUUGA